GAACCUUCAAAGGCCAAACCAGAGCCAACGCCUGCCAUGAAGGAACCCGCGAAGAAAGAACCAGAACCUCCAGCUCAGAAGAAGGUGGCGGCACCGGCGGCCCCACAGAAGCUGCAGAGUGAAGAAGAAGCACCACAGAAGAAGAAGCUGGUGGCAGCUAAAGUUCCCGUGGAGGAAAAAGUGUCCGAGCGUCCAGAAGCUGCCAAGAAACCGGACGCCGCCGUCGCCACUGUCGUCACCGCCAAAGACGAAGCGGUGAAGAAAGACAAAGCUCCGAUGCUCAAACCUCAACCAGUCCCCGAGGAGGCGCCACGGAAAAAAGAACCUCACGUGACCGAGGAGGUCGCUGUGUCGAAGGCACCUAAAAAACUACCUGAGACAGAAGCAAAGAAACCUGAGGUGAAGGUCAAACCCCCCGAGAGGGUUCCAGAGAAAGAACCGGCACCUGAGAGGAAAUUGGACGAGGUUCCAAAGAAGGUGCCGGAGAAACGUCCCGAGGAAAGAGUCGUUGAGAAGAAACCUGUGAAGGUUCCUCCGAGAGAAGAGAGGAAACCAGAGCCUGAAGCUAAAGCUAAAGCUAAACGUGAAGUGGCAGAACCUCCUCUUAAAGGUACAGCUGAGACAUUAACUCAUCUCUUUCAUCCUGUGCUGAGUACGUGAGCAACAGUUCAGUCACGUAGAGUUUAAACUGCGAUGAUCCGACAUUGUCACGUCUUAUUCACGAUAAGUAGCAGCAGUUAAUCGUCGGUAAAUCAUUAACAAACAACGGAAAUUGUCAAAGUUGACGUAAUUUGAACAUCAACAAAAAGAUCGGACGUCACAAACUGAGCUGUUGCCACGCCCACACAGGGUUUGCUAACGUCUUCUGUGUUUUCUGUGUGUU